AUGUUAGAUAAUGGCGGAAAUCCGAAUCAUGGUGGCAAUAAUUGGCCGUUGCGUGGUGGUAAGGGAACGUACUGGGAAGGAGCCAUCCAUGGUCUUGGAUUCGUUUAUAGUUCUGCUAUUGCAAAAGAAAUGAGAGGAACAGUGAAUACAGAAAUGAUUCAUGUCAGUGACUGGUUUCCCACAAUAGUAAACUUAGCCGGAGGCAGUUUGAAUGGAACGAAGCCAUUAGAUGGUUUUGACCAAUGGCAAACAAUUAGUCAAGGAGCAGAAUCUCCAAGAACUGAAAUUCUCAUCAAUAUCGACCCACUGGUACCCCCACCGUCAGAUAUGGAACAUUUUGUGCAUGGUUGGAAUGGAACCUACAAUACCUCAAUGUGUGGCGCCAUCCGGGUUGGCGAUUGGAAAUUAUUAACUGGAGAUCCAGGUAAAGGGUCAUGGAUACCACCUCCUGAAUCUGGACAUCAGCCAAUUAUACCUAAUGAUAAACCCGGAAAACACGUAUGGUUAUUUAACAUCGCUGAAGACCCAACUGAGACAACAGAUUUGAGUGAAGAUAAUUUAGAUAAAGUAAUUGAAUUACUGAUAAAACUGGACGAAUAUUUGUUAACCUCUGUUCCCGUUGUAUAUCCUCCUAACGACCCCCUUUCUGACCCAUCUCUGAAUGAUGGUAUAUGGCGUCCAUGGUCGCCUGAACCAUACACUUAUCCAGGCAACCCAAAUAAUCCAAAUAAUCCAAACAUAAAAGACAACGUAUUUUAAUGUGUUACGUAUGUAGUUGACAUUCUAAAGAGUAUACCUGUAUUAUAAAUACAAAGUCAAUAAACUGUGAUUCAAGCA